UAGAUGGAGACGACGGGCAUCUCUGAGAAGACUCUGUUCCCCAGGAGAAGCUGGCUCUCGCUAGCCCAGGCUGGCCCCGAGGAUGAAAUCUCCGCAGGACCGCUUCUCACUUCCAGCGGGAGCAGCGCAGCACUCCGUGCGCCGCGGGGCGAGCUGACUCGUCCAUUGCGGAACGGGUGCAGUCAGCUGCUCCCAGCCGCCCUCCCCAAACCCCACUGCCCAACCCCGCUCCACUCAGCCCCCUUUCCCCCGCCCCCCUCAGUCCAGGGAAUUUCCCAAGCAUCCCAAAGAUUGAAUUUCCUGCCGGGGUUGGGGGGGGAGGGGAAGGGGCGAGUGCAGAUAAAAGGGAUGCGGAGGACCCGACGAAGUCACGGUGCUCUAGAGCUUCAAAUCCCACCCCUUCUCCCUCCUUCUGAAGCCCUCUCGCUGAGUCUCUUCGCCACUAUGAGACUCCUAUCCAGCCGCGCCGCCCGCAUCCCCGGCCCUUCGGGCCCUCUGUGCUUGCUGCUCGCGCUGCUGCUGCUGACGCCGCCAGGGCCCCUCGCCAGCGCUGGUCCUGUCGCGGCCAUAGUGAGAGAGCUGCGUUGCAUGUGCUUAACCACCACACCGGGGAUUCAUCCCAAGAUGGUCAGUAAUCUGCAGGUGAUCGCCCCAGGACCGCAGUGCUCCAAGGUGGAAGUGGUAGCCACCUUGAAGAACAGAAAGGAAGUCUGUCUGGACCCAGAAGCUCCUCUGAUCAAGAAGGUCAUCCAGAAAAUGUUGGACAGUGGAAACAAGAAAAAUUAAGAGAAAGGACCGUGCAUUGGAAAAAUUGCCCAGUUCUUCAGCAGAAGAGUUUUCUGGGGAUCUCUGGACCCAGUGAAGACAAGAAGCAAGGGCUGAUUUUCUCCAAGGAGUUGGGUUUCUGUAUGAAUUCCCCACUGUGAGAGAGAGAUGAGAGGAGGGAAACUAUGUUUGUCCCUGCAGCUUUCUGCUGAGUUUACGGUGUGUUUAGUGUAGUAUUUCCUGCUCCUUAUUUGCUGUCAUUUUAUCUGCUAUGCUACUGAAAUCUUUGGCAAUUAACUAAAUUGUGAAUCAAGAAUCACUGGUUGUUAAUCUUUCAAGGUGACUAUUGUAUUCCUAGAAUAUAGUUCUUAUAGUGCUAUGGAAAAAGCUGUGUCUUUAAUGUGUGAAUGAUAUUUCAUUAGAAUGCUGUAUAUGGAAAUAAACUGUCAUUCUCACUCUUUCAUGAAAUAGGAACUACUUUAGUAUUGUUUCUUGAGGAAUAUGUUAGAGAAUUUUCUUACUCUUGACCCUGGUUAGCUAUUUAUGUUAUACUGCAUUAGAAAUCUGGAUGUAUUAUACAGUCAUCUGUGUAGAAUCUAUUUCCUUAUUUAGAAUUUCUAAAUGUAUGAGUUCUAUAAGGACUAAUAUAUUCUUUUCCUAUACAUUUAGAUAUUUGAUAUCUUCCUAGUAUGGCAUAAUGUCACGACUUACUCAUUAAACUUUUGAUUUUUAUGGUAUUUAUUAUCUAGUUUAUUAGGAGUAUUAUAUCUCUAAUAUUAUAUUUCUAAGUAUAUGUUUUGGAUGAUGAAGAAGCUCGGAACUAGGUAAAUUCCUUAUUUCUAGUUUUUAUAAAAAUACAUCCUUUUAGUUUCUUAAAAGUAAAGGCACAUUGUAAAGCAAUUAUACUCCAAUAAAGAUGUUAAAAAAAAAAGAGUAAAGGCAAACUUAACAAUGAUUUAUACUUUGAAAGUUCUGAAAACAUAUUUGGGCUCUUUGAAUAUAAACUCAUCAUGCAGUUUAAAAAAAAAAAAAUGCACUGCCCUGCUAAGAUUUGCAGAUGCUUAUACUGUAUCUUUUAAAGGUUUUGACCAUUUUGUUACAAAGAAUUACAUAUGCAUCACAUUUACUAUGUUAAAAUUGCACUUGUUAAAUGUGGUCUCAAUGGUUUAUGGUACUUCCUUUGUUCUCUGGGAAAAACAAUAAAAGAUUUUUAAAAUUUA